AUGGCAAAGAAAGGUGGUUCGGCUGUGCUGUUACUCUUGGCCGUGUUUCUAACUCUGGAGUGUGGCUGGGCCAGUGAAGAGAAGCCUGCGGUAUUUGUAUUGGGCGACUCGACUGCUGAUGUUGGGACUAACAAUUUCUUGCCCGGCAGUAAUGCAAGAGCCGACUUCCCUCACAAUGGAAUUGACUUCCCGCAUUCGAGAGCCACCGGAAGGUUCUCCAAUGGCCUCAACAGUGCCGAUUUCCUCACGAAGCUACUGGGCCACAAGAGGAGUCCGCCGCCCUUCCUCUCUCUUAAUAGCACAAAGGCCCUGAAGAGGCACAGUUUAAACGGCAUAAACUUCGCCUCAGGAGGUUCGGGAAUUCUCGACAUGACAGGGGUAACGAUGAUGAAAGUCAAUCCAUUUGGCACCUCGGAUGAAAAGACACGGAAAGUGAUCACAUUAUCAGAACAGAUAAUGCAGUUCUCAACAGUACGUGAUACUCUCACAGCCGUUAUGGGUGCUACCAAGACCGAGAAGUUUCUUGUGAAGUCUCUCCUCUUCAUCAGCAUUGGCAGCAACGAUAUUUUGCUUUACCAUCACUCAAACAGUACAGUACCCAGGCAAGAGUUUAUUGCCACUUUGGGAUCACUUCAAGGUGGCACUCUUUUCAAUCUAUGGGGUCUCGGAGCGAGGAAGUUUGGCAUCAUAAGCGUGCCUCCGAUAGGAUGUUGUCCAUCUCAGAGGGUUCUCAGUGGCACAGGGGAGUGUUUGGAGGUCCUAAAUGAACUUGCGAUAGCUUUCCAUUCGAACCUUGGAGACGUGUUGAAGAAACUCAGUUCAGAGUAUGAAGGCAUGAAGUACUCACUUGGGAAUGCAUACGACAUGGCCAUGGAUGUUAUCGUGAACCCUCUUCCAUACUUUAAGGACGUGAAAAGUGCAUGCUGUGGAUCAGGAACAUUAAAUGCUGAAGGAAUAUGCGACCCAAAAGCACGUCUUUGCUCGAAGCGCAAUGAGUACUUGUUCUGGGAUUUAUACCACGCAACACAAGCUGCUUCGAAGUUGGCAGCUGUAACUCUAUACACCGGCGGGCCGAGAUAUGUCACUCCAAUGAACUUUUCUCAGUUGGCUAGUGCUUGUUGA